AUGAACGGGCACUAUGGGCAGGCACCCCACGGCUACGCCGGUCACGAGGAGACGGAAGAGAUGGUUGAAUUGAAUGCCGCUUCUCCGGGAUACCGCAACCUGAGCCACAAUAACAGCAGCAGUACCUUUGACUUCCAAUUCAACGAUGGGGCCUCUCCGGGUAUCGCCUCUCCGCGGCCGGUGAUGCCUUACCGUCCCGGUCAUAUGGCCCGGGACGAUCACGACUCUCCAUAUAGCUCUCCUCAACCGGGUUGGUUGCAACCAACGCCUCGCUCUUCGGUUGGACCCGAUUCAUUCUCAUAUGGUGCGACACCGUAUGAUUCUCGGUCCGCUUCCCCGACUCUGGUUGGGCAAAGCCACCAAUCUCUAACAAAUCUGGUGGAUUCACCUCCUUCUCCGGGUCUCGCCAAGGAGUGGGUGAAAUCGGGGUCAGUUGCGCGCAUCAAUGAUCGCGACGAUGCCGAAAUCUGGAAGGGCUGGAAACGCUAUCUCUUUGCCCUGACUCCAUUCCUCACCUUGGCCAACACUGGUGUUUACUUGUUCUACUUGGGUCUGCGCAUAUAUUGUAUUAUAUCGGCACAAAAUCUCGCCGGGGUCAGCUAUGCCGGUGCUUGGGUCUUCGUCGCAAUUGAGGUCGCCGUGGCGAUCCCAUCUCUUCUGCACAACUGCUGGACUAUGAUGGCGCUGAAGAAGCGAGGCAGGCCCCGGCUGCGUUUGACCGGAAACGACUGCCCUACUGUUGAUGUCUUUAUCACUUGCUGCGGGGAGAACGACGAAGUUGUUCUUGAUACCGCCCGUGGUGCGCUCGACCAAGACUACCCGGUGGACCGUUUCCGUGUCAUCAUUCUGGACGAUGGCAAGUCGUCUACUUUGGAAGAGUCUGUGAACCAGAUGUCUGUGAACCACCCCAACUUCUUCUACAUGGCGCGCGAGAAGAUUCCCGGCAAACCUCACCAUUUCAAGGCUGGUAAUCUCAACUACGGUCUCGACGCGGUGCACUCUUUGCCUGGUGGCGCCGGCCAGUUCAUGGCUGCCCUGGACGCCGAUAUGAUCCCCGAGCAAGAAUGGCUGCGUGCGAUCCUUCCCCACCUCUUGGUGGACCCCAAGAUGGCCCUUGCAUGCCCUCCGCAACUCUUCUACAACACCCCUGACUCCGACCCCCUGGCACAGAGCCUGGACUUCUUCGUGCAUGUGAUCGAGCCUAUUAAGGAUGCUAUGAAAGUGGCUUGGUGUACCGGUUCCGGCUACGUCGUCCGCCGUGAGGCUCUUGAUGAAAUUGGCAACUUCCCUCUCGGUUCUCUCGCCGAGGAUGUCGCGACUUCGACUCUGAUGCUCGGAAAGGGCUGGAAGACGGCCUACGUCCACGAGCCUCUGCAGUUUGGUACUGUUCCCGAUGAUUUCGGUAGUCACUUGAAACAGCGUACCCGAUGGGCCAUUGAUGCCGUUCGGAAGAUGACCUUUGCGCAGCGUUUCUCUGGUUUUUUGUACGCGACCCUUAGUCUGUACACCCUGCUUCUCACGGCCUCCCUGUUCGCCAUCCCCAUUAUUCUUCUCUGGGGUAAGCAGCUCGUGGCCUAUGCAACCACGCAGCAGCUGCACUGGUUGAUCUGGGCAUGCUUUGCGACCACUAUCAUCAACCGUCUUUGUGAAUUCGCUCUCUUCAUCCCAGCCGGCUAUCACACUGGUCAGCGUGGCUCCCGCUACCAGCUGUGGAUGUCACCUUAUAUCGCGCUCUGCAUCAUUCGCUCUUUCAUGCUCCCCAGUUGGCUUGGAGGUCAAACCCAAGCCUUCAAGCCCACUGGCUCCCUUAGCUCCGCCCUGAAUGAGCGUGACCCCAAGCAACGCAAGAAUAUCUUCGUCCGCCUGCGCGUCAUCCUGUUCAACUACAUGGCCUUUUUUCACCUUGCCUUCGUCUACGUGACCCUCGUCGCUGUGGUGAUCUCGACCUACCGCUGCUUCGCGAUCCAAUCUAGCUUCAAGGGCAUCGUUGUCUGUCUGAUCACCCACGCCUUCUGGCCUCCUCUCACAUUCCUCUUCCUCUGCACCUCCCUGUGGACCCCUGUCUCCUACGCCAUCGAUCCUCCAUCUGUCCCUGACCGCGAGGACCUGCUGAAGCGGGACCCAAAGACCGGAGUCGCCCACCCAACUAAGAAGAGCAAAAAGAUUGCCUUCGGAGGACAGGCGGCGUGGUUCGAGUUGGAAUACACGGUCGCCACUGCGGUCACGAUUCUGAUCUUUGUUUACUCUUUCUUCUUCUAG